GACAGUUUAGCAGUUCGCGACCAACAUCCAUGACAUCCUCACACAUAGCAUUGCAAGAGGAACUCAAGGCUGCCAAGGUUCCUGUAGCCUGGAGGGAUCAGUGCUCCGCACUACUGGUACCAUUGAAUGUUUGCCGGAGACAAAAUUACUACCUUCCAUGGCAGUGUGAAAACGAGCGUCACUCGUACGAGAAGUGUCAAUACGACGACAUGAUGCGACGGAUGAAGAAGAUGUCCAAGCUAAAGCUUCAACAGGCGGAGGAAUUAGAGGACACUUAUUAGAUCGAUGCACGUUACCCACACAACUCCGUGCGCAAGGUUUACAAAUAUUCAUCUCCGUACGGUUCGUUGCACGUACCUCUGUCCUCUGAGUUGUGAUAGUGAAUUGCCAAAUGCCGUGAAUACAUGGGAGAGAU